AAACGGUGAUAUAAUGACGAUAUUAACCCCUAAGUCUCUCUGGCUUGGUUUCCACUCCAAGGUAAAAAGUUAUGGAAAAAUGAAUAUUACCGUAAAAGGGUAAAAAUCAACGAAACUGCCGUACACCAUUGACAAUAAUAAACAAAGGAAAAGUGAACAUAAAAGAAGAAGAAGCUUCAUUGUACGCAAAGGAGGUGGAGACACGUGUCCUUCCUACCACUUUCCUUUUGAAAAACCUCUCUCUUUCCUCUAAAGUCUUUGACCAUUGCGAGCUCUUUCGUACGCCAUUGGAUUUAACCCUAAAAACUCUCUAUUAUUGGAUUGGAUCAUCGAUAAAGCUCCACGCCUUGUCCCAAUUUCCUCUUUGGUUCUUUCCUUCUGGGCUUGUUGUUGUUCUUGUUGUUUCUGCAAUAAGAAGAAGAAGAAGAAGAAGAAGAAGCGAUGAAUUUGGGAUUUUAGGGAUUAUUGCGGUUUUUGUAUAUAAGCUUGCGGGAUUUUGUAUCGAAUCCUGUUUUUUUCCGUAACAAUUUCUUAGAUUUCUCCAAGAAUUGAAAAGAAAGGAUGUCAUCAGCUGGUGUUGCGUUAAGUCCGGUUCGUAGCGAGCCAUUGAUUAUGCCUCUGGUUCGUGCCAAUUCUUGUGCUGAUUCUUACCCUGACGAUACCAUCAUGAUUUACCUUACACUUCCCGGGACGGUGAUACCGAUGCGUGUGCUUGAGUCUGAUUCCAUUGAGUCUGUUAAGCUUCGGAUUCAGUCUUAUCGCGGCUUUGUUGUGAGGAAUCAGAAGCUUGUUUUCGGUGGACGAGAGCUAGCUAGAAGCAAUUCUAAUAUGCGUGAUUACGGUGUUAGUGAAGGGAAUAUUCUUCACUUGGUUCUUAAGCUCUCUGAUCUUCAGGUUCUUGAUGUUAAGACUACCUGUGGGAAACACUGCAGGUUUCAUGUCGAGAGAGGCAGAAACAUUGGUUAUGUGAAGAAGCAGAUUUCUAAAAAGCGUGGAGACUUUGUUGAUCCUGAUGAACAGGAACUUCUUUACGAAGGUGAGAAGUUGGAAGACCAGAGUCUUAUUAAUGACAUUUGCAGAAACGAUGACUCGGUUUUGCAUCUGCUUGUGCGGAGAUCUGCUAAAGUUCGAGCUAAACCGGUGGAGAAGAACUUUGAGUUGUCUAUUGUUGCCCCACAAGCAAAAGAUAAGAAAGGUCGUGAAGCUGACAGAAUUGUGCCACCAAAAAAGCUCUCUUUGGAGCCGGUAAUUGUUAACUCCAAGGCUAAAGUACCUCUGGUGGUUAAAGAUAUGAUUAAGUCUGCUUCUGAUGGACUAAAAAGUGGGAAUUCUCCGGUCAGGUCAAGAGAAGGCACGGGAGGAGCUUAUUUCAUGCAGGGUCCAUCAGGCAACAAAUUUGUUGGUGUGUUUAAGCCAAUAGAUGAGGAACCAAUGGCUGAAAACAAUCCACAGGGUUUACCACUUUCGCCAAACGGUGAAGGUUUGAAGAAAGGAACAAAGGUUGGAGAAGGUGCAUUAAGGGAAGUCGCUGCUUACAUUUUGGAUCAUCCCAAAAUUGGAAACAGAUCUAUGUCUGGUGAAGAGAUAGGUUUUGCUGGUGUACCUCCCACAGCUAUGAUUGAAUGUCUGCAUCCUGGGUUUAACCAUCCCAAAGGAAUCAAAACCAAGAUCGGGUCACUUCAGAUGUUUACCGAGAACGAUGGCAGCUGUGAAGAUAUGGGUCCACUUUCAUUUCCAGUUGAAGAAGUUCAUAAGAUUUCUGUGCUGGAUAUUAGACUGGCCAAUGCAGACAGACAUGGUGGGAACAUUUUGAUGACCAAGGACGAAAACGGAAAGCUUGUUUUGGUUCCUAUAGACCAUGGAUACUGCUUGCCUGAAAGCUUUGAAGACUGCACGUUUGAGUGGCUAUAUUGGCCACAAGCCCGGAAACCGUACUCUGCAGAGACUCGAGACUACAUAAGAUCACUGGAUGCAGAGGAAGAUAUCGAUCUACUGAAGUUCCAUGGAUGGAAAAUGCCGGCAGAGACGGCUCGAACGCUCAGAAUCUCAACGAUGCUACUGAAGAAAGGAGUGGAAAGAGGACUAACAGCAUUUGAGAUUGGAACCAUAAUGUGCAGAGAAACACUUAGCAAGAAGUCUCUAGUGGAGGAAAUGGUAGAGGAAGCUCAAGAAGCGGUGCUUCCAGGGACGAGCGAAGCUGCAUUCCUCGAAGCUCUUUCCGAUGUGAUGGAUUACCAUCUCGAUCACUCUCAGGAACACUAAAAUUGGUUCUUGUUUAACUCAAAACUCUGGUAUAUACUCUUUGGUUUGCUUUUUAUAAACCUGUUGGCUUUUGUAUUUUUUAAACUCUUUCAUUUCUGUCAUUCUUUGGACAUGUUCAAGGUGUUUUGUUAACUUCACUCAGACAUAUUUCAUGGUAAUGACAAUUUAAGUGUUUACAAUA